GGCUGAGGAUUACCUUUGGUGUAGAAUGAACAGGUGCGAUCAUUGUCUAUAUUGUCAGGAAAAUACAGCGUAAAUGCUGUAAGGUUUCAUGAUACUCCGCCUGACGCGCUCAAGGGAAGGAAUACAUGCAUACCUGUUGAGGGCACAAGCUGAAACAUGAACGGCAAGAGCCAAGAGGAAUAUGAAGACGACUUUGAAAAAGACUUGGACUGGUUGAUCAGCGAGGAGAGCAAGAGUGAGGACCAGGAUGGCGAAUACGAGAACAUCGAAGCGCAGAUAGACAAGGAGCUGGAGGACGACGACGAUGACGAUGAUGACGAAGAAGAGGUAUCCAAGACGAAACACAAGGGAGCGCAGAACGCUCCCAAGCCUGCCAACGGUCCACACGAGCAGGAGGAGGAAGAGGAGAGAUGGCCCACCCCUCUGGAGCCUCUGGAGGGUGUUCCUGAACCAGACACCGAAGACGACGAAGCCAACAGCAGCAUCAGCGGUAAGCUUGCGUCCCUCCUCCCCCCUCCGCCUUCUUUGGACGCCCUCGCCGAGGUCGUCCCCACUGGCGACGCCGUCGACGAGGACAAGAAGUACAUCCUGGAGAAGAUCCAGCAGGCCAACCGCGAGCUGCGGGACCAGGAGGCCCCGGACCUGAGCAGGCGGCGCCGGCUGCAGUUCAAGGACACCCUGGUGGACCUGGUGGUGCCGGCGGUGGACUACGGAGGAGAUGGCGGAGCGGUGGUGCCGGGAGAGCAAACUGGUCAAGCUGCCCCAGCAGACAGGGACGUGGAGGGGGAGGUGUCGGGCAAGAUGCAGCAGCUGAAGAUCUCCUCCUCCUUCCUCCAGGAAAACCAGGCCACCACCACCAUUAGAGACAGCCAAAGAGGGAAGGGUGUUAGUGGAGAAGGCACAGAAGAGGCAGCCAAGGAGGGGAGGGUGUUAGUGGAGAAAGACGGCAAGUUUGACCUGGUCAGCCUGAAGGAGGUCGAGAGCCUUGGCCUCUUGCCCCCUCUAGCCUGCCCCGUCACUACCACCAACGGAGGCGAUAAUCUGACCCUCCCGAUCUCCCCUGGGCGCAAAUCCAGCUCAGCCCUCCCCUCUUCCUCAUCUCAAGCCACUGCUGCUGCUGCUGUCUCUUCCUCCUCCUCCUCCUCUGUCUCCCCAAGGCCCAAUUCGGGCUUCUUCCCGGCGACACUGAAAAUAGAGCAUGUCGCCGUGUACGCCCCCAAACCACCGCCCAAGCCCAGGAACCGGCCCAAUUCAGCCAGUCACACGCUGAGGCGGGUGAGCAAGGAGGGCGUGAAGCGCAGGGUGCAGUCGGCCAGCAGCGCGCCUCCUCUCUCCACCUUCUCCCUGUCCCCACAGCAGAAGGAGCACCUGCUACGCCUCCAGCAGAAGAGGGAGAGACUCGCCAAAGAGGAGGAGCAGCGUAAGCGUGUGGAGGAGGACCAGAGGAGGCAGGACAACGAGCUGGCCUUCCAGGGCUGGCUCAUGCGGAAGAGGGAGCAGCUGCAUGAGGAGAAGCGCCUCGUCAGGGCCCAGGAAAUGGAGCGCAUGCACUGCAAAAAUGAGCCGUGUGACCCUCAGGAGGCGUUCCGCGUGUGGCUGCAGCGUAAACAGGAGCAGCAGCUGAGGGAGAGGCAGCUGGAGGAGAUGCGGAAGAUGGAGCUGGAGGGACGCUUCUACCUCCACGACCGAGAGCAGUGCGAGAAGGCCUUCAAACAGUGGCUGAGGCGCAAGCGAGCCGAGAAGAGGGCGGAGCAGCAGGCGGCUCGUGAGCGCUCCCGCAGGCUGAUGCUGGAAGAGCGGCGGGCGCGUCGCAUGCAGGACAUCCUGUGCACCGUCAACGAGGCCAAGGCCUUCCGCUUCGCUGACCCCUACAGCUACCACUUCUGAACCUGAAGCACUCCUCCUACAGUUACCACUUCUGAACCUGAAGCACUCCUCCACAGCUACCACUUCUGAACCUGAAGCAUUCCUCCACAGCUACCACUUCUGAACCUGAAGCACUCCUCCUACAGUUACCACUUCUGAACCUGAAGCACUCCUCCACAGCUACCACUUCUGAACCUGAAGCACUCCUCCACAGCUACCACUUCUGAACCUGAAGCAUUCCUCCACAGCUACCACUUCUGAACCUGAAGCACUGACAGCACCAACCCAUCCCCACCCCACCGUUCAGCCUAAGCACAGAUGGUUCAUAGAUCUUGAGACUGAUUUAUACACAAUCAUAAGACCACUUCUGAAAUAGAUAGAAGAGAAUAGAAGAGAUGGUUGCUACAUUUUGUUGACUGGUUAUAUCUACCUUGUCACUCUGAAGACAGACUUUCACACAAAACAAGCUAGCACUUCUGAAGUACCGAACCCUCAGAUGAAGUGAGAUUGCUCAUAGAUCUCAUUGACAGCUUCUGUCUUACUCAGGAUUCCCCAAGACACAAUACAAGUCAGGAGUUGGCAGUCCAGUUGUUAUCAACCAGCACUUCACUCUCACCUCUCGCCUGGGUUUGAUCAGAGGAGGUUUUGCACACGUAGCUGUUGUUUUAGGGCAGUGUCUCCCAACAUUCUCUGUCUCACAUACCCCCUAAGCCCCCUUCUUCUAUCUCAAUGUGACUAUGUUUCAAGUCAAAGAAGCACCUGCAGUUUUGCUCUCAUACCUCUAGUGGUACACAUACCCCUGGUUGGGAAACAUUGUUUUACGGGAUAUAUACAGUACUUUUAGGGGGGACAUUUUGCAUGGUGAGCACUGGAAAUAUAGUUAAAUAUGUUUAUAGAAUUUGCACAUGCUGCACUGGAUGCAUUUUUUUGGUCCCAAGUCAUCUUGCUUAUGUGGACAAACAUGCUGCUGUAUCUCUUUCUUCAUGAGGAACACUGUUCAUUCUGUCAUGGGUCACACACAAGCACUCUAGCCUCAUGACAGAUCAGUGGAAACAUGCUCGCCGGGUCUCGCCAUACCCUUUUACUCAUUUUAUACAGGUCUUGAGCUAAUUGAACACAUAUUUCAGGUUGGAGAGGUGAACUCUGUUGAAAUUUGAAAAGGAUGGGAUCUUGACAUCUAAUUUUACCCAAUCGCUAAUGUUUGGUUGCAAUGUAUGUAUGUAUGUAAUUGGCAUGCAUGUAAGACAUGUGUAAUGCAUAACCGUUCACCCCCUUCCCUCGUUCCUCCCACUGGUCGCUGAUUGGUUGGGUUGGCACAGGGCUGAUGUAUCCAGACCCAGGCGUUACGUAUCAGGGAAUAAUAGUUGAGCAGAAGCUUACCACUAAGACCAAGCUAGUGGCAUAGUUGUAGUACUCUCAAUAAAUGCCUUUCACACCAAAUUGGUGGAUUUUCUCAAAGGGAACUCAGUUUUGGCCACAGUGUAACUUUUUGUCAGAUUAGUAUGUAGUAGUAUACGGUAGCCUAUAUUUAGCAGUGUUAAUUCACACAAGAAAGUCCAAUUUUUCUAAUUGGUCCCACUUUCUAAGUGUUGAAUUAACACUACAGAAUGUACUGUGUAUGCCUCUAUUAUAGCAGUCUGUUGAGACUGUGUCCUUGGGAGUUGCGAGACUCACAUGAUUUGGCUCACACGUGGCCCAGUCAUGGCGAAGAUGGGGGGCAGAUAUGGUCCAGAGGCAGGUAGCUAUGCUAUGCAUGAUUAUUAUGAAUCAUAUCCUAUCCUGAAAAGUUGAAGAUUAAAUUGACCAAAUGUCUGUGUAUGAUGAUGUUUUAUACAUAAUAGUUUAUGGUAAAAUACUCUGUGUGAUAUAAAAUAAAGUCUUGAGAAAAGAU